UUGCUGCAAUGCCAGAACCAAGAAAUUGUUAUUCCAUUUUUAAGCCUUUAAAUUUUGAAAGCGGCGGCGGGACUGGCAACUCCGGCAUCCUCUGCGAAGAAUGGGGACUGUCCUUGACUCCCAUUUUCUGGCUCUCACGGCUAUCGUUACAAUAGGGUAUCAGUUGUUGUUCUUCUUUGUCACGGCGCUUCUCAGAUUCGAUAAGGUCACAGAUUUUGCAGGUAGCACAAACUUUGUUCUACUUGCAAUACUUACUCUAUUGCUGAAAGGAUCAUGGCAUUUUAGACAGAUUGUCCUGACAUCUCUUGUGGUAGUCUGGGGUCUUCGCUUGGGUAUAUUUCUGCUGAUGAGAAUCCUGCAAUGGGGAGAAGACAAUCGUUUUGAUGAUAUGCGCAAUAACUUGGCAAAGUUAUCAGUUUUCUGGAUCUUACAGGCCGUCUGGGUUUGGACUGUAAGCUUGCCUCUUACAAUUGUGAAUGCUAGUGAUAGAAAUCCGUCUUUAAAACCUCAAGAUAUAAUUGGAUGGAUAAUGUGGUUUGUGGGGUUAACUGUUGAAGCUACUGCUGAUCAGCAGAAGCUAGUGUUCAAGAAUUCUCCUGCAAACAGAGGGAAAUGGUGCAACAUAGGUGUCUGGAAAUAUUCCCGUCAUCCAAAUUACUUCGGUGAAAUUCUCCUAUGGUGGGGAAUAUUUGUCGCCUCAACCCCAGUUCUAGAAGAUGCUGAAUGGCUUGUUGUAUUUGGUCCAGUUUUUCUGACACUUCUGCUUCUAUUUGUUAGUGGUAUUCCACUUCUUGAGACUUCAGCAAAUAAGCGUUUUGGCUCUGUGGAGGAGUACCGUAUCUACAGAUCUAUUACUAGUCCUCUAAUUCCACUGCCACCAGCACUGUAUGGAAGCUUGCCUGUGUGGUUCAAGUUGGCAUUCCUUUUCGAGCUUCCUCUGUACAGUCAUGGAAUUCACCAUGAAGGAAUGCUGAGCAGAAGCUGAAGCUGAAGCUGAAUCUGAUGAGUUUUACUUGGCUUCUGUAGAUUAUAUGUUUCACAGAUAUUUCAUUUUAAGGUCUGGCAUAUCUGAAAAGUUUUUUUGGGUGCUUAUACCUUACAAUAAACUGUAAUAUGAUAAAAGGUGCAAACCAUGCCAUUAAUUGCACUAUCAGAUGUGAUGGUUGAAACAAUGAAUUUAAAAUGUUUUUUGUGUUUUUU